AUGUUGUUCACUCGCGACGCUGCAGUGGCCAAGGCUGUGUUGGCAACAUAUUCAAAUGAGUUUGAGAAGCCGCCCGACAGCUCAGGCGUGCUCAUUCGUCUGGCAAGGAACGGCAUUCUAAUGGCAGAGGGCGAGCGCUGGCAAAGACAUCGCGAAGUCAUAUCGGCUGCAUUCUCACCGAGCAAUGUUAGACGAAUGUACUCGACAUUACACGAUGCCACAAUGGCGACUAUCGACACACUCAUUCAACAAAAGGCUGGACACAUUGACUGCCAUCAAUUGAUGACCGAGCUCACAUAUGACAUCAUUGGCAUGCUCUCGAUUGGACAUCGAUUCAGCAGUGAUCACACUGGACGAGGUAGCUCCAGCAGCUUCACUUUCAUCCUGGACGAGAUGACUCGCCCACUCAGACGCUUCUCUCGAUUCAUUCCAUUACCAUCGGAUAGGAAGCUGAACCGUCUUGUCACCGAGCUCGAGGACAUCAUUGUCGAAGCGAUCAACAAGAAGAAGGCUCACGUCGGCAAAGUCACUCGCAACGAUCACGAACUAGACCUGUUGGAUCAUUUGUUGGGAAUGGACAUUGACAUGGACCAAGAUGAGAUCAUUUCCAAUGUGAUGACAUUCUUGUUGGCCGGUCACGAGACAUCGGCCAACGCAUUAACAUUCGUACUCUACCUAUUGUCCACACAUCAAGACAUCCAAGAACAGCUGUAUCAACAGUUGAACGAGUUCAACUCACCCCUGGACUGCGACCUCCUCGAAUGGGUCAUCCUCGAGACACUCAGACUAUACCCACCUGCGCCAAUGGUUGGACGAGUGACCAAGCACCCUGUCACUCUACCAACAUACUCUGCCAAGGACAUAACAAUACCAGCUCAGGGCAUGGUGUUGGUAUCUGUAUAUUCAAUGCAUCGCAAUGAGUCAGUAUGGAUGCAUGCCAAUCGAUUCGAUCCAUUCAGAUGGGCAACACAAUCCAACAACAUCAACAACAACUACAACUACCUUCCAUUCUCAUCAGGCAAGCGAGUAUGCAUUGGACAGAAGUUUACUAUGAUGGAAGCAAAGAUAAUCAUUGGCAAUAUUAUUGGACAUUAUAUGUUAACUUGGGAUCCAUCAUGUCGAUUCGAAACGUAUCAAAGAGCCACUCUGACGCCAAAGAACAAAGUGAUCAUCAACAUUGAGCCCAGGUCCAAAAUACUUUAUAUGAUCUGA